AUGGUGAAAAGGAAAAGUCUGGAGGUGAUUUCAGAACCAAACAAAAAGCCUAAAGAUCCAUCAAUUGCUGAUGAAGCGUGGCGAAAGAUGCGAGACGCCAUCGAGACUGCGUUUUUGCUGAAGUGUCCUGGUGACUUUUUCACUUUCUAUGAAUUUUGUUGUAAGAUAUCUCCAGACGAGCCGCUCAGUAGGUCUUUCCUAAUAAACAACAGAUUUUCAGAGGCCUUACGUGAGGAGCUGGACAUUGAACUAGUUGGGCCCUUCGAACUCCUUAGUAGAGACUGGAUUCCCGACGCGUCUGAGAAUUUUUCUUGUUGUUAUCGCUACUUCCACGACCCACCUGAAUUUGUUACAGUGUUUGCUUCUCCCUCUGGGUUUUAUCAUGUUGGAUACUUUCGGUAUGAUUAAGUUGUGAAGUCGAGGUUCCAUAGGGAUGAUGCGAAUGAGUUACCAUCCUUUAUGGCGUCGUCGGAUUCCUCUGUUGAUGGACGUUUUGAAAUUCUAGGUUGUGAUAUAUUCUCUGUGGUUGCGUAUGCCAUGCACUUUUUAUUAUUGAAAGUUUAGGAAACUUCUGAACCGCAGGAAAGGGGCCAAACGGGCGCGUAUACUCACAGAAAUGCAAAAGUUUGCUGUUGAGCGUUCAUUCCGGAUAGACUUGAAGUCGACCGGUUUGUUAUUUUUUUGAUGAUAUUUUUUAGUAAAACGUGACACUGUCUGCCCGACUUUAAAUAGUGUUGGAUUACGCAUAAAUUUGCAUAAUGGUAUCGGUUAUCGACCGGUUCCCCUUUCCAACAGUAAGUUUGCCUCUCAGUAUUCCAUGCCUAUGCUGAAUCCGAUUAACUUGAUACACUAAAAUGAACACACCGUUGGAUUCCUAUUCUUGGUCUUUCCAAAGUGAGCGAAAACCAGUGCUUUUUAGGUGUUAAGCUUGGUUAUUCUAUGCCUAAUGCUCCCUCAUUCAUCUUAUGAGUAUCCAGCAUGUUUGCAAGGAGGAAAAUAAACAUAAACAUAAAAUGAGUUUCCUGAAUAGUCGUUUUGGCAGUCAAACAUAUUCAGAGGAGGAAAAGCAUCUGCUUUUCAGUUCCAGUUAAAUUUAAAACUGACUGCAUUAAACGAAGAACACCAACCAGGGCAACCCGGUAAGCACCCAUCGAAUGAAGUGCAGAAGGCAAAAUAGGAAUACUUUGAAGUCUGCGACACAACGUGAUUUUUCUCAUUCUAUUUAGAGCCCGCGGUAUCCCGCCUGCCUACUUAUGCAACUACAUGAACUGUGUGUUUUCACUGUUUUAUACCCCUACGCCUAGGUCAUGCUAAAUUUUCCGGAGAAAGACACCUUCAUACAGACCCGCAUUUAUAUGUUUGGAUUCAUACUUACCCCUUUUAGUCCUUGAUGAUUUUUAUUGUAUUCAAUUUUAUUCUAGGUGAACUAGUCAAUCUUUUACAGAAAAUUGUCCAGUCCACUGAUGCGAAGACCAAACUGCCGCAUCAGGCAAAACUGGACGAAUUGGUCACUCUUGUACAGUUUGCCAAUGAUGAGGGCGAUUUUGGCGAGGGUCUUGAACUAGGACUUGACCUUCUUGCUUUUCAUCCAAAGGGUGAGUUGCAGCUCUCAUGCUUUCUUCCUGGAAUACAUGAAGUAAAACGAUUUAUCUUAAAAGGGAGAACAGUUAGCCAUGUGUCAAAGGAUCCGAAGGCCGCACGUAUUUUUAAGUGCCUUAGGGCCUUCACUUGGGUCGGUUUCUAGACAGCCCGAUUAAACAACAAUCUGGGUUCGCUGUCCAUUCGUCGAAAUUGGUGCUCGAAACGACUGGCGGACGGCGGCUAGCAAACCGUUGCCCUUGUCGGCAUUUUUGAGCAUUAUCGUAUGUUAUGCGACUGUCCCCGUGGCCAUAGGCUUAAAAACACCGAAGCACCCUCCCGCGCCUCCUAAUUUUGGUUUAUUUUGAUCAGCCGCCCACCUUAAGUUCGACGUUGACCGCGUACUGCACAGACAUCAGAGCUUGUUUUCGCCUUAGAGUGUUGUGCGUUCUAGCUAUUUACACGAGUUUGUCUCACUUCUGUAGUUGAUUUCUCUUCUGUUUUUGCAUUUGCCGGGUCUAAUCGAUACUGUUAUUUAUCUGAGGUCGUUAUCGUCCGAGGCUAAUGGAGGUAAGAAUUUAAGAAAAUAAUAGCUAACAGUGCUUAUAUGAGCUCAGCUUCUACGACGGGCUUUUAAACAGUCUGUAGACCCACUGCCGUUGUUCUCGCCGUCACAGAAGCUCACCGCUGCAUUUUCUCUUCUUUUUCACCCAAUUACAGGCGAAAAUUUGCAGUCAGCAAGCUGCUUCAACAACACUAUUUCCUUACUCCUGUCGACGGGCUACCAACUGGCAGGUCGUCCACAGUUUGCCGAAGUCAUUAAUCAGCACAUGAAGAACCGAUGCAUCCAACCCACUUCUCUGAAAACCAACAGCUAG